AGAUGGCGGAGAAAGUGACAAAAAUUGCACUUCGUGGUGGCGAAGGGGUUUCUUUGAUCAAUGGAUGUCCACCGUGCCACGAUGUGGAACACUUUCCAAAGGAUCCUUCAACAAACUGUAAAGUAAUGGCUUUCAGUAAUGAUGGAUCUUUAAUUGCAUGGUGUAACUCAACAUGUAUCACAGUUGURGAGGCAAAUACUGGCAAAGUUGUCCAAGAAAUUCCCAAGGGCAAGACACGUGAACUGAGCUUCUCUCCACUUGGUACUUAUAUAGCAACAUGGGAGCUUUAUUCAGCUUCAAAGAGCAACCCGCAAGGAAGCAAAAAUUUAGAAAUAUGGGMAGUCCAAAGUGGAACUUUGAUUGCUUCCUUUGCACAGAAGAAAGAAGAAACCUGGGAACCAAGAUGGACAGAUAAYGAGGAAGUAUGUGCCAGGUCUGUYACAAAUGAAGUGCAUUGCUUUCAURACAGAGAAUUUGGAAGUAUUGCUACUAAAUUAAGGCUGCAAGGUGUAUCUGCAUUUGAGAUUUCUAAAGGGCSUGCACCUUUCACAAUUGCUGCUUAUGUAGCUGGAAGUAAAGGUGCACCUUCAUAUGUCAGGCUCUACAGACAUCCAAACUUUGAUGCACCUGGUGCUGUUCUYGCUAACAAGAGCUUCUUCAAGGCAGACAGUGUCAGAAUAAAAUGGAAUAACAGAGGGACAGCUGCCCUUGUUUUAACAACAACUGAUGCAGAUAAAACUGGUGCAUCAUAUUAUGGUGAACAGACACUGCAUUAUAUAAGCACUAAUGGAGACAGUAGUAUGGUACAGCUAGCCAAACGUGGGCCAAUUUAUGAUAUACAAUGGAGUCCAAGUUCCAAAGAAUUUUGUGUUGUUUAUGGUUAUAUGCCAUCCAAGGCUACAUUGUUUGAUCUCAAAUGUGAUCCUAUCUUUGACUUUGGUACAGGCCCAAGGAAUCAAGUUAGUUACAACCCACAGGGCAAUAUUUUGUGUAUAUGUGGAUUUGGUAACCUUCAAGGGUACAUGGAAAUUUGGAGCAGAAAGGACUUGAAAAUGAUCAGUAAACCCCAAGCACGGGACACAACUUAUUUUGAAUGGAGUCCUGAUGGAGAACACAUAUUAACAGCAACAACUGCUCCAAGGUUGAGAGAAGACAAUGGAUUCAAGAUUUGGCAUUAUUCUGGUAGCUGUCUCUUCAAGAAAGACAUCUCUGUCUUGUAUCAGGCAACAUGGCAGCCUUUUCCAGAAGGGGUUUUCCCUGAGAAGCCUGUKUCAUAUAAAAUUGUGUCUGGUUCAUCAAGUACACAAGACCAGAAACCCUCAGCAAAAGCUGCAUAUGUCCCACCACAUGCAAGAGGAGCAGGGAAGAAAACAGAAAUUAUUCAGCGUGACGAUGAACUUCCACAAAACCUUCAAAAGGGUCAGGAUGGGCUUUCAAAAGCUGCMUUAAAGAACAAGAGAAAAAGAGAAUCCAAAGCCAGAGCUAAAGAGGAGCAAACUACAGCUCCUGAGCAGGUAUCUCCUAUACCAGAAAGUUUACCAUAUUCACAAAGUAAUCUUCCUGUUGAUGACAAGAAACUAAGAAACCUAAAAAAGAAAUUAAGACAGAUUGAAGAUCUUAAACAACAGCAAAAAGAUGGCAAAAAACUAGAAGUUAAUCAGCUUGAGAAAAUCAAAUCAGAAGCAGCUCUUAUAAAAGAGAUUCAAGACUUAGAACUUGGCAGAUGACGACAUAUGAAAAUAUGAAAAUUAUUUCUUGAUUUAUCAUUCCUAGAAUAACUCAAAAUCAUGUUUCUUUUUACAUUGAAUAAAAUAUCUAUAUUAUCUAUUUACAAAUUGAGAAUGUAGCUAGCAUGGGUAAGAUAAAUGUCACAUUGCAAAAAUG